GAGGAAAACAUGGCGGAAACAGAGGGAUUUGGAGACAGUGGCAGUAAGCAGCUGUUUGCAGGAUUAUCAAAUGUGUCAAUAUCUGGAGAUAUUCCGGUGGAGGGGGAGAUCACUGUCCCAAUGGCCUCAACCUCACAAGAGGAUGAUCUUUCCACACUGGAUGAGCCAGUUAAGGAUACCAUAAUGCGGGACCUGAAGGCUGUUGGCAACAAGUUUCUUCAUGUUAUGUAUCCUAAAAAGAGCACAACACUUCUUAGAGACUGGGAUUUGUGGGGUCCUCUGGUGCUAUGUGUCUCACUUGCCUUAAUGCUACAGGGUGGCAAUGCUGAUAGCAAAGAUGAUGGAGGACCUCAGUUUGCCGAAGUGUUUGUCAUCAUCUGGUUUGGGGCCGUAGUUAUCACUCUAAACUCCAAAUUGCUUGGCGGAACCAUCUCCUUCUUCCAAAGCCUGUGUGUGUUGGGUUAUUGCAUCUUGCCCUUAACUGUGGCCAUGCUGGUGUGCAGGCUUGUGCUUCUAUUGAGUCACACAACAGCAAGUUUCAUUGUUAGACUAGUUGUAGUGACAGUCAUGUUUGCCUGGUCCACUUUUGCCUCCACUGCCUUCUUAGCAGACAGUCAGCCACCAAAUCGCAGAGCUCUGGCUGUCUAUCCCAUAUUCCUCUUCUAUUUUGUCAUCAGCUGGAUGGUCUUGACCUUUAACACCGUGAGCUAGGAGAAACACCAUAGUUGUAAUCAGACCUAAGUGAUUCCAUCAACCAGGAGGAUUGCACCGUAUGACUGCCGCUAACAAAACGUCAGAGGAUGUCAAGAAUUGAAAUCUGGCUGUCAAGAAGUUGCUUUGUUUUGGGGAAAAAAGGCUUGCACUAAAUUCAAACAUUUUCUCUCCUUGACUGCCUUUUUGGGAUUAAAGGAACAAAAGUUUAAAGUAGCUGGCGGGGGUCAUGGAAGGGGUUUCACAUCAGUAGAAAGGGGUUAAUCAUAUUUAAAAAGGAUAAUAUAUUUUUUUUAUGUUAAAUCCAGUUCAAUUGUGUAUACAACAAUGGUGCCUUCCACAAUUUUUGGUAGCUUUGGUGCAAUGAAGAGCCAAAGUUAACCCCUUGCAUGUCAGGGUGGACUUGGGGUUUAUGUAAUAUACUCUAGGCACUGCUAUAUCUGACCAUUUAUGAAGAGAUGUUUUCAAAGCUGGAAAAGCUAACAUGAAAGAUAAGUUAUGGAUACAACUAAAAGCAUUAAGUGCAUCAAAUGUACCUUUUAUGCUGCUAUAAAGGAUCUUUGAGGAAGAAACCUACAAAUUAAUCAAAUAGACUGACUUUUUUUUUCUUUUGAAAAGUAAACAUCAGGAUGGGGUGGACCAGUCCUUUUUUUGUUUUUACUUUUUGUUCCCUUCAUUAUUUCCCAUAGAGUUGUAGGUAGGAAAGCGCAGCUACAGUCCAUAUUCACAUUUAGGCUUUGGUGGCAGUGAUGUCCAACCUGCAGCCCUUUGGUUCUUGAAGUCCUGCAAGGACCCUCAGAGCAGAUGGCUAUCAGGCAGUGUUUGGAGUUUUAGUUCUUAUGACAGUUGGAGAAGAGAAGGUUGAACACUAUUAUAAAUAGUAUCGCUCUAGAAAGGGGCAUAUUUAUUAGAGAAUAAAAAGUGAAUUGACCACAUUUCACCAAAUGGAAAUUUCACAGACCAUUGUUAACCUGUAUAGAAUAUUUGGUGUCAUAUUUGUUCAGGUACAUUUUCACCAUUUAAUAAAUAUAUUCUGGCAAAGAUCUGUAAAAUUUCCACUGGAAAGACAACCUUGCUGCAAUACUUUAGUAAAUCCAUUUUUGUGUGUUCUGCUGUAAUAAGGGGAUAAAUGAGGACAUGGAUAAAGCUAUGCUCACAUUUAAAUGGCAGCAAGCUUUAUAUGACAAACAGGUCAUUUGCUAACCUUACAUGUUAGAAAUAUUAUUACUAUAUAUCAUUUAAAAUAAGGGUCAGUUGAUGUAUAAUAUUUGUUGUGGUUUUAUACUUGUCAAAAUUAAUAUCUUCUCAUUUGAACCACUGGGUAUAAAGAACUGAGUAUAGAAACUUAGCUUCUUGAUAGAGGGAUGACUUAGUAUAUUACAUUCAGUUACUCUAGAGGGCAGCAAUGGGUUAGAAUGCAGGACUGGUGAUGUGUACACAAUAGAUUCUACUGUUACACAAGGUGGUUAUAAAGUUCACAGAGUGAACUGUGUGAUUGUGUUUAUUCAUCCCAGUACUGAGAAAUUUGUGCAGUCGUGGGUUUAAUGUCACCAAAGUCCACAGCAAUGGGACAUAUCCACCAAUAUGCACCUGUAUGUUCUAACUCCUCUGUGGUAACAAUAAGACUUUAAAGUGUACAGAUAUCUGCUCUUUUUCAGGGCAAUCUGGCUGUCCAACAAUCUGAAAUAUGUUCUGUUUGCAGCCACCAUAAAGUUAUAGAGAAAAGCAGUUCUAUACAAGAUAAUUGAUUGUAGGGUGAAUUUAUGUAUGUGAAAACACAGGAAUAGUGGCUUUGGGUGAAAGGCAGUGCACACAUACGCAGAUAGGUAUAUAUCCAUGUUUUGCACCCAGUGGACUUCAAGUAGAAGUUAUCUAUAUGGCCGAGUGUUGAUCUUUAAACUAUGGUAUAUGGCAGAAUUGUAAUCCAUAUGAUGCUGGAUAACAAGCUAUAUGCACUCAUACAACUAUGUAUGUGUUUAUAUAAUAAUGCAGGAUAUGCAUAGGGUUCUCCCUCAUUAGUGAAUGGAGUUGUGAUUCCUAGAACUCUACUGUUUUUUUAAGAUGUAUAAUAACAACUCUCAGCAGCCAAAGUCUGGAAAGGGGGUCUGGGAGUUGUACUUGGACUGUGUGAAGAGCCCCCCCCUGGUUUACUCUAUAGUCUUGCAGCUUUUUCCUCUCUUCUUCUCUGGGUGAGUGAUUUGUGGGAUGGGGAUAGCUCGAUUUUUUUCUUUUCCUCAUUUAUUUUAAAUUAAAAGUUACAAUCUCUAUAUUUUUAAUUUAUUAAAGUUUUUUUUAACCUAA